AUGUCGUCUCCUCCAUACUCAUCCUACUCCUCAAACGCCCGCUCCCCGCCCUACCCAUCGCACACCCAACUCCCACCCCUCAACGUCAACAUCAUGACGAACAAGAAGCGCACCUCGGAGGGCGGCGCCUCCCCGGCGCUGAAGCGGCGCAAGCCCUCGGCCAUGUCCGCCACCUCGGCCUCGAGCCACCCCCUCCGACAGACCUCCUUCCCGCCCGACGAGUCCUCCUACCCCGGCACCCCGUACGGCGCGCGCUCCCCCUCCAUCGACUCGGCCAGCCUCGUCAGCGGGAGCCAGGCCGCGGCGGCGGCAUCGGCAGGCCCCGUCAAGAAGAAGCGCGGCCGCAAAUCAAAGGCCGACAAGGCGCGCGAGCAGACGCCCGCGCUGACGACGGUCAGUGGCGCGAGCGAUGUUGGGAAGGGGGCUAAGAGCGCUAGGGGAGGGGCGGGGGCCGAGGAGGAGGAGGAGGACCGUGAGGUUGUUGAGGUUGCGGCUACGGGACAGGAGCGGACGGCUGAGCAGAAGGCUGAGGAGCAUCGGUUGAGGGGCAUGUUGAUCAAUGCGUUUACGCCGGAGCAGUUUGAUCGGUACGAGAACUGGCGUGCUGCGGGCUUGUCGAAGAAUGCUGUCAAGCGGCUCGUCAACGCUACGGUCUCCCAGUCGGUGACGGAGCCGGUGAUAAUCGGCGUGCGGUCGGUUGCGAAGGUUUUCAUCGGCGAUAUUAUCGAGGGCGCAAGGCGGGUGCAGGCAGAGUGGGCCGCGAAGCUGGGCGAGAAGCAGACCGAUCUACCGACACCGGAGCCGUCGCGUCGCAACUCACCCGGCGCGAAUGGCACAGAGAUGGCCGGUGGAGACAAACUGGGAGAUAAGCCGGAAGACAAGUUGACGGAGGAGAAGAGCGAAAUUCGAUACGGUCCGUUGAGGCCUGACCAUCUCCGUGAGGCUAUGCGUCGGUACAGGCUAUCUAUGGAGGGUGGCAGUGUCGGGAUGCAUGGGCUGUGGAACCUGCAGCAACAUAAUGGAGUGGAGAGGUUUGGCAUCCGGACAAGGGGUCGGCGGCUGUUCAAAUGA